AUUCAGCGGAGACUUUUAGAACUAAAUUUAUUGAAUCCACGUAAUAAACAGCCGGAAAAUCCUCAAAAAAAUGGCAAAAUUCACGCAAGUCCUGCAGAAAUUCUACGAAGAAUACCAAAAUAAGACGUCCAAGAAACUCAAGCUCAUCGACGCGUAUCUAUUCUACAUCCUGCUCACCGGAAUCAUUCAAUUUGUGUAUUGUGUCUUGGUUGGCACUUUUCCCUUCAACUCUUUUCUUUCGGGAUUCAUCUCUACCGUGAGCUCUUUUAUCCUCGGAGUUUGCCUUCGUUUGCAAUCAAAUCCGGAAAAUAAACAAAUUUUCAUGGGAAUUUCGCCGGAACGUGGAUUCGCCGACUUUAUUUUCGGACACAUCAUCCUCCAUUUGGUCGUCAUGAACUUUAUCGGUUAAUCUCGCGCAUUCCUAAAGACUAGAUUUAAGCUCCGUCUCACAAUUAAAAGUACUAAUUCAAUAAAUUUUGCAUUACAUCAAUCGA